CGGACAGCAGCACCGAGAGGAAACCGCGCAGCGGCACCGCGCUCUGGCAGGAUCUUUUGGUGGACCAGGAACGUCACAGGAGAGCUUGCGCUGUAUACCGGAGUGUCGGAUCUGCUGCAGCCUGCUCGCGAGCCGCACAGGUGGUGAUUUUAGCUUCCUUACAGUAUAUUACUUCAAUCGUCUGACUAUGCGGCGCCUGCUGAUGACAUCACUCCUGCUCUGUUUGCGACUGCUGGAGAGUAGCCAUGGAGACAGUAACCUGGGAGACAGGGAGUUCGCGCUGACGCUGUAUGCGUCGCUACGGGAGACGGAGAACUCGUCAAAUCUGCUUGUGUCCCCGGCAAGUGUCAGUCUGGGACUCCGCCUACUCAUGAUGGGAGCCCGCGGCAACACACUCACGCAACUGCAAAGCCUCCUGGGAUACCAAAACACCAAUCCUCAGCUGCCUGACUUCCUGUCUCAGCCCCAGGGGGAUAUGGGAAAUUCCAGCCAGGGGGUGGAGCUUCAGCUGUCCAGUACGCUAUUGGUCCAGAGUGGGCUGCAGCUCCGCCCAGAGUUUACCCAGCAUGCACUAGGGUGGGGGAAUGGCACUCUGCUCCGCCUCAACUUCAGCAGGACCAAUCAGAGCCAAGGAGAUCACUAUGGCAGCGGCGCUGACGCGCUGCGUUGGUUGGAGGGUUCGGCAGGUGAGGCGGGCCCUGUCGCCCUGGUGACGGCAUUGGCAUUCCGGGGUGUGUGGCAGAAACAGUUCCUGUCCAGUGAUACACACACUCUGUCCUUCAGUCUGCCUGAUGGCACACACACCAAAGUGCCCAUGAUGUACCAGGCCACUGAGGUCAACUUCGGUCAGUUCCGUCUGAACUCUGAGCAGCGCUACACUGUGCUGGAGUUGCCCUAUCACGGCCACGCUCUCAGCCUCAUGUUGGCGUUGCCUAGUGACCGGAAGACGCCGCUAUGGCAGCUGGAGGCGGAGCUUUCAGCCCGUACUGUGGAAUCAUGGGAAAACAGUCUCCGCCGCACCAAGAUGGACGUGUUCCUGCCCAGAUUCCGGCUUCUUGGCAGGUUGGAUCUGAGGUCUGUUUUGACAUCUUUGGGAAUCUCUGAUGCAUUUGACCCUACAGCAGCAGAUUUCAGGGGAAUGUCAGAUGAGGAGGGUCUGUAUGUAUCGGAGGUGCUGCAUCAGGCCAGUAUGGAGGUGACAGAAGAUGGAACCAAAGCAGCAGCAGCCACAGCCAUGAUGCUGCUGAAGCGUUCUCGUGCCCCAGUGUUCAAAGCUGACCGGCCCUUCCUCUUCCUCUUACGCCACCUCAACACAGGAUCCAUCCUCUUCAUGGGCCGCGUCCUAAAUCCAGCUGAGCACCCACUAUGAGCCACACACACACACACACUUGUACAUAUUUGUAAAUAUUAUUUUAUAUUGUACUAUUUCAGCCAUGAACAUACACAAAAAUACACUAAAAUAAUGUACAGAGCUGUAAAUAUAACUUUACUAUUUAGCAUUACCGUAAUGUAAACCAUGUGAACAUAUUAGCAUUACUGUAAUGUAAACCAUGUGAACAUGUUAGCAUUAGCAUUACCAUAAUGUAAACCAUGACAACAUGUUAGCAUUAGCAUUACCAUAAUGUAAACAAUGUGAACAUGUUAGCAUUAGCAUUACCAUAAUGUAAACCAUGUGAACAUAUUAGCAUUACUGUAAUGUAAACUAUCUGAACAUGUUAACAUUAGCAUUACCGUAAUGUAAACCAUGUGAACAUAUUUG